GAAGCAUAACGCUUCCAUAGAUUUUAAGAACAAACGGUUAAUUUAUGAUGACACAUGUAUGCCAUUUACCGAGGUAGAGUACAUACAUCUUGAGCCACGUUCAGUUACACCGUUUCAUGUUAAGAUUGUAAAUCCUGAGGUGAAAAGCGGAUACAUACCUUUGAUUAAGUCCGUUGAGGGAAUUUACCUUGGGAAAGCUCUUGUUACUAAUAUAAACGGAAAGGCACACCUUCCCAUAUAUAAUACUACAGAUUUAGCAUACGACAUGGAGGUUCCCUCCAUUGUUUUGGAAGAAUAUGAUAUUGCUAAUCCUUUCGAAAACCCCGAAAUCUCUGAGGAGGUUCAGUCAGCUCCUGCCGCCCGAGGGCAUGCAGAAAGCCCAGUCUUACGUCGUACCAAUCGUUAUGAAUCCCUUUUUAAUCCUAGUAAUUUGGAAAAAUCUCCAUUUGAAACCCAGGAACCAUGCCGAGGCAAGGAAAUGCCCUGUGGUAAUUUUAGUUGGAACCAAUCAGUCCCUGAUCAUCUUGGUAGUUUUAGUAUUACUUACAAAACCCCACAGGAAAGGGUUAAAGUAAUUUCGCAGUUAUUACGCAUGGAUCAUCUCAACUCCGAGGAAAGAGAUAAUCUUCUUGCUUUGAUUAACGAUUAUCAGGACAGAUUUCAGUUGCCAACUGAUCAUUUAGAACAUACAGAUGCUACACAGCAUUCUAUCCCAACCAUAACUGAAGUUCCUAUCCAUCAGAAGCAAUAUCGUUUUUCCCCUUUUCAUAAAGAUGAAAUUAAUAAACAAGUAGAUGCUUUAUUAGCUGAUGGCAUAAUAGAACAUUCUACUUCCCCUUACAAUUCACCAGUUUGGAUAGUACCUAAGAAAUCAGAUUCUUCAGGAAAUAAAAAAUGGAGAAUGGUUAUAGAUUUUCGCCACCUCAAUGAAAAAACUAUAGGAGAUGCGUACCCUCUUCCAAAUAUUACAGAUAUUCUUGACCAAUUAGGAAAUGCAAAAUAUUUUACGGUAUUAGAUUUAGCCUCCGGGUUUCAUCAAAUACCAAUGAAUCCGAAAGAUGCGUGUAAAACAGCUUUUUCCACACCGUACGGGCAUUAUCAGUAUAAACGAAUGCCAUUUGGAUUAAAGAAUGCCCCUUCUACUUUUCAACGAUUAAUGGAUACCGUACUUAUCGGAUUACAGGGAAAUGAAUUAUUUGUUUACGUUGACGACAUAGUUAUUUAUGCUCGAUCAUUGCAAGAGCACAAUGUAAAAAUUGCAAGGCUAAUGAAAAGAUUAAGGGAAGCCAACCUUAAAUUACAACCUGAUAAAUGCGAGUUUCUUCGCAAAGAAGUUGGAUAUUUAGGACACAUAAUUAGUUCUGAAGGUGUUAAACCAGAUCCUGAAAAGGUUAAAGCUAUCAAGAAUUUUCCAAUUCCACGUAAUGCCAAAAAUAUUAAACAAUUUCUUGGCUUGGCAGGUUAUUACAGACGAUUUAUACCAGAAUUUUCAAAAAUUGCUAAACCAUUAACCGAGUUAUUGAAGAAAGAUCGACCUUUUGUUUGGGAAUCUCCGCAAGCAGUAGCGUUUGCUACUCUCCAGAAUUUUUUGUGCACGGAACCUAUAUUGCAAUAUCCAGAUUUUACACAGCCUUUUAUUUUAACUACAGAUGCAUCCGGAUAUGCAAUUGGAGGCGUUUUAAGUCAGGGAAAAAUAGGAAAAGAUUUACCUGUCGCAUAUGUUUCGCGUAUACUUAAUAGAGCAGAACAAAAUUAUUCAACCAUAGAGAAAGAAUGUUUGGCUAUGGUAUAUUGCACGAAUCAUUUUAGGCCAUAUUUGUACGGAAGGAAGUUUACUAUCGUUACGGAUCACAAACCUUUAGUUUGGUUACAUUCCAUUAAAGAUCCAUCUUCAAGACUUUGGAAAUGGAGAACUAAGUUGGCAGAGUUCGAUUAUGAUAUUCAAUAUAAAAAAGGAAGCUUGAAUAAUAACGCCGAUGCGUUAUCACGAAAUCCACCAUUAGCUGUAACAUUACCUUUAAUUACAGAUCUACCUGAUACAUUGGAUGAAUCAUCCAAUGAAUCUUUAUUUUCAUUUCCAACAAGUCGACCUCCAGAUACAGUUAUUUCUAAUUACGAUCAUAUUAAUGAACAAUCACAGGAACCGAUAGAGCAACCUAUUGAAAUUGUAGAGGAAGAUAAUCAGGAAAAUUUAGAGGAAGGCACCCCGGUAAACACUAACGAGCCAUUAAAUUUCGAAUCAGAGGAAGACAUAUUUUAUAGCCAAGAUUCUAGUAGCGAAGAGGAGGACCAAAACGAGUUAGUCCCGCGCAACUCUGUACCUAUAGCGGUAGGAGAGGACGCUUCACGGGUAACAAUAACGGAAACUCGCGAUAAUUUGUUAAAGCAAAGUGAUAAUUUGGUAAUAUUUAUUUAUUUAAACGGAAAUCCAUUGGACAACGGCGCAAGGGAAUUGCAAAGUGCCGGACUGUUCCCCAAAUAUCAGGAUAUUAUGUACGAAAGAGUUAAGGUUUCCGCAUUAAGGAACAAAACGUUAAUUGCUUUACCCUUGAAAUUAAACGAUCGAACUUUGGUAGAAACCAACAAUAUUAAAAGUUGUGCAUCAUCUUUAGCAGAUGCAAUACGGGAAUUACACUUAACUUCGAUCAGUAUAAGGAAAACGAAUAAGUUCGAUGACAUACCAUGGGGAUAUGUCCAAAAACAAAUUAUUAAAUAUUUAAAUGAUUUCACAAUUAAGGUAACUAUUUGUCAUGGUCUUGUUCAGACCCCAACAGAAAUUGAAAGAUUACCGUUGAUAGAAGAAACGCACUCUUCAGCAGUAGGAGGACAUAAAGGCGUAACAAAAACUUACAAUAGAUUACGACCCCAUUAUUAUUGGAAUACAAUGAAAAAGGAUAUACAGCAAUUUAUUCAGAAAUGCAGGCAUUGUCAGUUACGGAAAUUAACGAGAAUAAAAACAAAGCAACCAAUGAUAAUCACGGAUACUCCAGGUCGUGCUUUUGAUAAAGUAUCCAUGGACAUUGUAGGACCACUACCUGCAACAAAAAGAAAGAACAUAUAUAUUUUAACAAUACAGGAUCUAUUGACUAAGUAUUCAGUUGCCAUACCUUUACAUGAAGCUACUUCAUUAACAAUAGCUGAUGCUUUUAUUAAACAUUUUAUUUGUUUGUAUGGAACACCUAAGAUAAUUUUAACGGAUCAAGGUGCCAAUUUUUUGUCUUCUUUAAUGAGAAAUAUUACAAAGAAAUUUAAUAUCAGACAUUUGAAAACUACAGCUUACCAUCCACAAUCAAAUGGAUCUAUAGAGCGAUCACACCACGUGUUAAUAGAAUAUCUUAAGUUACAAAUCAGUAAAGACAACGAAUGGGACGAAUACAUACCUAUGGCUAUGUUUUCUUAUAAUACGAGUGUACACGAGAGUACUCAGUACUCCCCAUUUCAGUUAGUAUUCGGGCGAAUACCUCGUACCCCAAGCUCUUUUGUUCCCACAGAGGAAGAAACGGAUAUAACAUAUUGCGAAUAUUUAACAAAUUUGUUUAUAAGUUAAACGAAAUACAGGAAAUGGCCAGACAAAAUUUGAUACAAUCAAAAGAACGAAGCAAGCGAUAUUAUGACAGACAAGUGCGCCCAUAUGAUUUUAAGGAGGGGGAUAACGUCUUCUUAUUGAAAGAACCACGUAAAGGAAAAUUCGCUGAUCAUUAUACCGGACCUUAUCAAAUAUUGGAAAUAUUACCACCCAAUAAUGC